GAGUACGGAGGCCGGGAGGCUCAGCUGAAGUAGCCUCGUAGGGCGGCAGCGAUGAGCGACAUGGUGGAAAGAACGCUGACCGCACUGCCGGGGCUCUUCCUGCAGAACCAGCUGGGAGGGCCUGCGGCCUCCAGAGCACCCUUCUUCUCCAGGCUGGGCGGCCUCAUCCGUGGCGUCACCGCGCUCUCAUCCAAGCACGAAGAAGAGAAAUUAAUCCAGCAGGAACUGAGUAGUCUGAAGGCAACUGUUUCCGCUCCUACUACGACACUGAAAAUGAUGAAGGAAUGUAUGGUGAGACUUAUAUACUGUGAGAUGCUUGGAUACGAUGCUUCUUUUGGUUAUAUACAUGCAAUCAAGUUGGCCCAACAAGGAAACCUCUUAGAAAAAAGAGUGGGUUAUUUGGCUGUUUCUUUAUUUCUACAUGAAAGUCAUGAACUUUUGCUUCUCCUUGUGAAUACAGUGGUAAAGGACCUGCAGAGCACUAAUCUGGUAGAAGUAUGUAUGGCACUUACUGUUGUCAGCCAGAUUUUCCCUCGAGAAAUGAUUCCAGCUGUUCUUCCACUAAUAGAAGAUAAACUUCAACAUUCUAAGGAGAUUAUACGAAGAAAAGCAGUUCUGGCAUUAUACAAAUUUUACCUCAUUGCCCCUAAUCAAGUACAGCAUAUCCAUACUAAAUUUCGGAAAGCACUCUGUGACAGAGAUGUUGGGGUCAUGGCUGCCUCUUUGCAUAUAUACCUUAGGAUGAUUAAGGAAAAUUCUUCUGGAUAUAAAGACUUGACUGGGAGUUUUGUAACAAUUUUAAAGCAAGUAGUGGGAGGAAAGCUCCCAGUCGAGUUCAGUUACCAUAGUGUGCCAGCACCAUGGCUACAGAUUCAGCUCUUGAGAAUCCUGGGACUGCUGGGAAAAGACGAUGAAAGGACAAGUGAAUUAAUGUAUGAUGUUCUUGAUGAAUCCUUACGAAGAGCCGAGUUAAAUCACAAUAUCACUUAUGCUAUUCUGUUUGAAUGCGUACACACAAUCUAUUCUAUUUAUCCUAAAUCAGAAUUACUUGAGAAGGCUGCCAAGUGCAUUGGAAAAUUUGUUCUGUCACCUAAAAUAAACCUCAAAUAUUUAGGACUGAAGGCUCUUACCUAUGUUAUCCAGCAGGAUCCUUCUCUGGCUCUUCAACACCAGAUAACCAUAAUUGAAUGCCUAGACCACCCUGAUCCCAUUAUUAAAAGAGAGACUCUGGAACUUCUUUACAGGAUUACAAAUGCACAGAAUGUAGUAGUUAUUGUACAAAAAAUGCUUGAAUAUUUACAUCAGAGCAAAGAAGAGUAUAUCAUCAUCAAUUUAGUUGGCAAAAUAGCCGAGUUGGCUGAGAAAUAUGCUCCUGACAACGUGUGGUUUAUUCAGACAAUGAAUGCUGUGUUUUCAGUGGGAGGAGAUGUAAUGCACCCUGAUAUUCUCAGUAACUUCCUGAGACUGCUAGCAGAAGGUUUUGAUGAUGAAACAGAAGAUCAACAAUUAAGACUCUAUGCAGUUCAGUCUUACCUUACUUUAUUAGAUAUGGAAAAUACUUUCUAUCCACAGAGAUUUCUUCAAGUUAUGAGCUGGGUAUUAGGAGAGUAUUCCUACCUCUUAGAUAGAGAAAGUCCAGAGGAGGUUAUAACCAGGCUCUACAAGUUACUUAUGAGUGACUCCAUUUCUUCAGAAACAAAAGCCUGGUUGUUUGCAGCGGUAACCAAGUUGACACCUCAAGCUCAUUCUUCUCACAUAGUUGAGAAAUUAAUCCAAGAAUUCACUGUAUCCUUGAAUACUUGUCUGAGACAACAUGCGUUUGAAUUGAAACACCUGCAUGAAAAUGUAGAGCUUAUGAAGAGCUUGCUUCAGGGUGCUCAGAAUUGUGAAGACAUCAUGGUGGAUGCUUCUUUAUCUUUCCUGGAUGGUUUUGUGGCUGAAGGACUCAGCCAGGGAGCAGCACCUUAUAAGCCCCUUCACCAGCGCCAAGAGGAACAGGUCUCUCAGGAAAAAGUUCUCAAUUUUGAACCAUAUGGACUAUCAUUUUCUUCAUCUGGCUUCACUGGACGACAGUCUCCUGCUGGCAUUUCUCUGGGCUCAGAUAUAUCUGGAAACAGUGCUGAGACAGGGCUGAAAGAGACAAGUAGCUUGAAGAUGGAAGGUAUAAAGAAAUUAUGGGGUAAAGAGGGCUAUCUUCCCAAGAAGGAGAGUGGAAUUGGUGAUAAACCAGAAGCCCCGCAUGCUCCUGCAGAGGGUGCGACAAUGGAGAAUGUAGACCAAGCCAAGACCAAAAAGGACCAAGCUCAAGGCCAUACCCCUUCUACAGAGGAGAAAGAAAAGCAACUGUUGGCAUCAUCACUAUUUGUUGGGCUAGGACCAGAAAAUACAAUAAGUUUGUUGGGAAAAGCAGAUGUUGUGUCUCACAAGUUCAGAAGGAAAUCAAAACUCAAGGUAGCCCAAAGUGACAGGACACCCAGUGCUCAUACCACUCCCUCCUCCGCCCUUAGCUCCGUAUCAGACGUGGCUGGUAGAGAUGAGGACGGUCUGGAUGCUGUGGAUAGUGGACACGGGGAACUCAGUUCAGAGCUUUUGGGUUCUGAGUCUCUGUCAGAGCUGCCCUCAGUUGAAAACCUCUCAAGUGUCAGCUUGCCUGCACCUUCUUUGUUUGCCGAUAACAACAUGGAAGUCUAUCAUCCCCCUUCAUCCUCUGCAACUUCAACUGUCAAGGAAAUCAGUUUAGCUUCUUUGUUGGAACUAACUCCUGAGUGCAGGCAUUCAGGUCUCAUGGAAAUCUGCAGUAAUGAAACCGUGUCUGUGUCUUCUUACAAAGUCUGGAAGGAUGAUUAUUUAUUGGUGAUCUGGUCAGUCACUAGUAAGACUGACUCAGAGUUCACAGAUGCUCAGUUAGAAAUUUUUCCUGUGGAAAAUUUCAAGAUCAUUGAGCAACCCAGAUGUUCUUCACCUGUGAUGGAAACAGAAAGCACCAAAUCCUUUCAGUAUGGUGUGCAGAUGAAAAGCCCUUGUGUGGAGGGGACUCUCUCUGGUUUUAUAAAGUAUCAAAUGGUGGAUACACAUUCUGUUCAACUGGAAUUUUCCAUAAACUUAUCAUUAUUAGAUUUUAUCAGACCAUUAAAGAUCUCAACUGAAGACUUUGGCAAACUCUGGUUGUCCUUUGCAAAUGAUGUGAAGCAAACUAUAAAAAUAUCAGAGCCUCCACUUGCUCUGGCUUCUGUCCUAACAGAGCUGCAGCAGAAACUGAGACUUCGUGUGAUUGACAUCAUAGGCAACGAAGGUCUGUUGGCCUGUAAGCUGCUCCCAUCCACCCCCUGUGUCCUGCACUGCCGAGUACAUGCUGACAUGGUAGCCCUGUGGUUCCGAUCCUCAAGCUCUGUUCUUUCAGACUAUUUAUCAUGUCACUGUCAAAAAGUGAUGCAGACAUCCUAGCAAAGUUCUGUUAAAUUUUACUUUUUCCACAUAAAUGGUUUACAUUUAUAACCUUACCAAAGUAAAAAGCACUCACGGUACUUCUGAUGGAAAUGGGGAUUUUUGAGUUUGGUUUGUGUUUUCUUCUUGAUCCUGCUAAGAAUGAUCCCCAAGAAAUUGUGUCAUUAAUUUUUUUACUCAGGAUUGUACAGUAUGCUUGGGUCACCCCCCCCCCAAAAAAAAAAACAACCUAAGCUAAUGUUAUAAAAUGCUAAUGAUUUUAUGUCACUUAAUGUGGAGAAACUGAAAAUAUUUAUUUUGUUAUAAAUGUUUUAUAGCAGGUUUAUUCUAGCAUUAACUGAUUUCUAAUAAGGCUGAGGCUCGGUUCUCUGCUUUGAUGCAGAGAACACAGAUUGAUCAUCACCUGAAUCACACUUGGCUUUGGAGUACAGAAUUUGUUGUAAGAAAAGUCUGCACUUUCGGUUCUGUUUUGCUCAAGUCAGUGUUAAACUGAGGUGGCCUAGCACAUGCUAACCAUUGUAUAAGACCAUGAGCAUGUUGGGUAUUGGGCAAACACAAUCUGUAUUUUUUACUUUUUAACUUGUUAUACUUAAUUUUAAGUAAUUUGACCCUAAAGUAUAUCUGUGUCCUAUUAGAUCCCUUUUGCAGGUAAAAUUUGUGACCAUAGAAUAAAUGGUCAAUUAAUUUUUUUCUGGUCCUUAAAUCUACUAAUAUUAAGUGGAUGUUACUGAGUAGUGACUAUGUAAAUAUAUACUACAAAUACUUUGGCAAAAUAUAUCAUUUUCGUGUUAUAUUUAUGCUUAUAGGCCCUCUAUUAGUAAAAGAAAAGAUUAUGCCUUGUAUGUGUGAUGGGCCAAAAUCUUGAAAUUGUAUAUUAACUGAAAUAGUAUUUUAUAAAAACUAAUGGUGCUGUGGGAAAUAUUUAUUUUACCCUUUUUGGUACUUCACCAUUGAAACUAUUCAGGUAAUAAACUUAAGUUAUUAUGUGAGUCAUUCUAGUUCAUAGGACUGGUUAUCACCAGGGUCAGGCACUUUGGUUUUGUGUUAUCUCACCAAUACUUGCUGUAAAGAUGCUGAGGAGAAGGACAGUGGUAGUGGUGGGGAUGCACACCUUUAAUCCUAGCACUAGGCAGAGGCAUGUGGAUCUCUUGAGUUCGAAGACAGCCUGGUCUACAGAGCAAGUUCCAGGACAGUCAGGGCUACACAGAGAAACCCUGUCUUGAAAAACCAGAAGGGGGGAAAAAGAUGCUAACAAGAUUCUACAGAGCUGUCAUCCACUGUUAGAACAAGACAAAAAGUGGUACUUUUGGAAUUAACUUUUAGAUUAUUCUUUGUAAAUGUAGCACUUUGUUAACUUCUCACUUAAAUACAUGCAGUUAAGCCUUGCUAAAAGAGCAGUAGGUGACUGGAAUUUCCUGCCCAUUGGGUUUCUCCCUUCAGAAGAGACUAGAUGCGUCAUCAGCCUCAGCGCUGUCGAUAGAGGUUCUGAAGCAGCUCCGUCUUUAUUGUUGCCAUUCGCAGCCUUCUCUGCGCCUCUCUCAGCCUUGCUCGCACUUUAUCAAGCAGUGUGGCAUGUGAUAUAGGAGGAGCUCCUAUGUGUGUGUUUCUCCAGGCAUUUCUGUGGUCACUGAGGUUGGUCAGUUGUGCAGCAGGGGAAGUAAGGUAUGUAAAGUCACAAUGACAGAUACCCCGAGGAUCAUGGGUGUUUGCUUUUCUGCUGCUUUGUUACAAGGCAUGUUCAUGAGAGCAGCAGUACUUGUCAUGGGACUUAAUUGUCCCACCACUCUGUCUGACUGCAUGUGUGAACAGUAGGUUUGGGGUUGAGGCAUGACUUUAGAUCUGCCAAAGAAAACAUCAUGCCACUUUUGUUCUUUCUGAACUCACUAAAUAAAAUGUAGAGUAACGAGG